CGCUCGCGCUCAGUCGAUGACAUCGGCUGCGCGUCACCGAAGGCUGUUGCUCGCGCGAAGUGGACCAGGAGGAUCCGAUGAAGGUGAGACGCAGUCUGUCUUUGCGUUCACCGUGUGCGUGUGCGGCACCUUUUCUCGACUCGUGGCGGCUUGACGGCGAGGCACAGGAGCGAGCGAGACCAUGAGGUAGAGCUGCAGCCGCACUCAAAGUUUGCCGCGCGGAUGAGUAGAGCCGCGAAUCUCGAGCGCAUUACACAGCAAACCACAGCGUAGAGGAAGGUGCAGUGCAGUGUCCUCUAAAAGUCCCGACCAUGUGCACUGAUGUUUGUUCUCAGAUGAAAUCUGCAGGAGUUGGUGAUGGAGGACUCUUCACAGAGAGCUACUGUAACAUCUGCAAUGCUCAGCUCAUCUCUGAAUCACAGCGUGUUGCACACUACGAGAGCAAGAAACAUGCGAACAAAGUGCGUCUGUUCUACAUGCUCCACCCAGAAGAUGGUGGUCCUCCUUCCAAAAGGCUGAGACCAGACAACCCGGACAGUGCCGAGAAUGAGGUGGACAGGAACAAAUGCUGCACGCUCUGCAAUAUGUUCUUCACAUCUGCGAUUGUGGCUCAGUCACACUACCAGGGUAAAACACAUGCUAAGAGAGUACGCCUUGUUCUGGGAGAGCAGCCCAGCUUACCUACCCCCACAGAUUCAACUGCAAGCACCCCUCAGGCCACAGACCCCCUACCACCACCACCCUCACCAUCAUGGCCCACCAUGGGCAACAAUGGAGAAGCAGGCAAGUACUGCUGCCUGUGUGGUGCCUGGUUCAACAAUCCUCUGAUGGCACAGCAACAUUAUGAAGGCAAAAAGCACAAAAGAAACGCAGCAAGAGCACGGCUCCUGGAGCAGCUGGCAGGCAGUCUGGAUGCCACUGAGAGCACAGGCCUGCGCAGCAGUUACUCGUGCAGCAUAUGUAAAGUGGUCCUGAACUCCAUUGAGCAGUACUAUGCACACCUCCAGGGCUCAAAACACCAAAACAAUCUUAAACAACAUCAGCAAUGAAAGUUAUUGCUGGACGUACAGUAUUGGAGGCAUUUGUUAAAGAAGCUCUGAAGAAAACAGAAAAAUGGAUGUUUUCGCAAAACAUUUGUGGAGAUGUGCAAGAGUUAAAGGGACACCUCGGACAAUACCUCUAUCCGUCACUGAGUUUCUUAAUACCUUGGAGGCUCCUCGACUGUUUUGUGCUUUAUGUUUUUUAAUUUUUGGUCAGUGUUAACUUGACUGUCAUGAACUGGGAAUAAACACUGUUAUCCUGUAGGUCUAAAGUAUGAACUUCAUGUUAAAUUGAUGUCAAUCUGUGUUAUAGUGGUUCAGAUAAUCACAAUGGCACUCAUUGUAUACAAGCACUAGCCUGAAUUGACAGGGUCACUGAGUAUUUUCUUACAUUCACAAAGUCUAUAUAAUUAAUAGAAGUAUGUAAUUAUCUAUGUUAUUUACAAUGUAUUCCUUGAAGCCUGCAGUCACUGCUUUGGUGGACUGUUUAAGCAAAAAGCACAAAGACCUAGAAGUUGGUAAAUUAAUGGCUGCUUUUCCCUAGGUAAUUGUCUUGCUUGUGUAUAAAUGUUGCAUAAUGGUCAGUGGUGAAGCUCAUAGACUGCUUGUGUGGGAAUUUUAGUAUAGAAGUGGUCAUAGACAAGAAUCAGAAACAAAGUACGUUUUUCCUUUUUUAACAAAGCUAUUUAGUAUAAAAUAUAUUCACUAUGAAGAAAACAUUCCUACAUUUCUUUGCAAAGUCAUACUGCAGAGAGUGGAAUUAGAGCUACUGAGUGUAUGAAGCUCUGCCUUAUUUCCUGACCCAACAUAUUCAACAUGAACAAUUAUUAUAUUUUCCCUCGCAUUAGUGCUUUGAGAAACUCGAUUAGUGCAUAAUGCUGAGUCAAUCUUUUAAAUUAAUUACAGAGCAAUCACAUUUACACAGUUUACUGUUAAUUUGUUGAUGGCAAUGAGCUUUGUGUACUUUUAACAAUGUCAAAGGAACUGAUUUUACUAAACAGAUUUAGGGUAAUUUGCAAUGUUGUCUUCUACAGAAAAGGUACAAUUUUAUGACAUAAUUCAGGAGGCGGAUAGUUUAUGCAAUCAAAUUAUUAACCACCACAAUGGUUCUGUUUUAAAUUUGUUUAUUUAUGCAAAAAAUUGAAAUAAA